AUGCAUAGUGCUCUGAAUCGACUCCAGUCGACUUUCGGGUAUUUUACCAGCUGCGCCUUUACUCUCGCUUGCAUAAUUGCGGUACUCUCCAUAACACCCAUACCUGCCCCAACGGGCUCGCCAAGUGCCUCAAUAUCCGUUCGAAAUGUCCAAGUCGUGAAAGGCCGGCCGCACUAUUACUCCCCUAAACGCGAAGAAUACGCUCAAAUCAGAUUCGAUCUUGAAGCCGAUCUGUCCAGUCUGUUCACCUGGAAUACGAAGCAACUGUUUGUCUAUGUCACGGCGAACUAUCCCGGUGGAAAGAAUGGCAAAGGAGGAAUGUCUGAAGCUGUCAUCUGGGAUACAAUCAUCCCGGCAACGUCAACUCCAUAUUCAUGGCAGAAUUUGAAACAGACCUAUUUCCCCGAGAAGAAGUCAAAAUCCAAGAGCAGGAAAGCUUCGAAUACAAAAUCCAAGACCAAGGAUCUUGUCAAGCCAGGCGUCAUUUCCUUGAAGAACCAGAAACCAAAAUACCAAAUCACAGACCCCAGCGGUGUCAUCAGUGAGAGGGGUAAUGCUACCCUGCAAGUCAGUUGGAAUGUGCAGCCUUGGGUUGGCGCUUUGGUUUGGGACAAAGGCUAUCUGGGCGGCCGAGUCGGAAAAUGGGAGCCUGGUAACGUGGGCAGAAGUGAGACUUUCGAAUUUCCUCCUCUAAAGGGGGCAAAAACAGAUGUCGUCAAAGAUACCGAGGGACCAAAGACUCCAAGGGCCGGGGCAGCCUCUCCGGUCGUCGAGAUUUAA